AGUAUGGCUGAGGAGGAGGCGCCUAAGAAGUCUCGGGCCGCCGCCGCCAGCGGCGCAAGCUGGGAACUUUGUGCCGGGACGCUCCGCACUGGACCGGUGGCGGAGGGGAGCGGGGACGUGGGCAGCCGCCGCCGUCCCCCCCGAGUUGACUCCGGGCGCUUGGCGCGCGGAGUGCUACUACUGAUUUGGCUGCUGGAGGCUCCGCUGCUGCUGGGGGUACGGGCGCAGGCGGCCGGCCAGGGGCCCGGGCCGGGGCAGCAGCCCCCGCCGCCUCAGCAGCAGCAGAGCGGGCAGCAGUACAACGGCGAGCGGGGCAUCUCCAUACCGGACCACGGCUACUGCCAGCCCAUCUCCAUCCCGCUGUGCACGGACAUCGCGUACAACCAGACCAUCAUGCCCAACCUGCUGGGCCACACGAACCAGGAGGAUGCGGGCCUCGAGGUGCACCAGUUCUACCCGCUAGUGAAGGUGCAGUGCUCCGCGGAGCUCAAGUUCUUCCUGUGCUCCAUGUACGCGCCCGUGUGCACCGUGCUGGAGCAGGCUCUGCCGCCUUGCCGCUCCUUGUGCGAGCGCGCGCGCCAGGGCUGCGAGGCGCUCAUGAACAAGUUCGGCUUCCAGUGGCCUGACACGCUCAAGUGCGAGAAGUUCCCGGUGCACGGCGCUGGCGAGCUGUGCGUGGGCCAGAACACGUCGGACAAGGGCACCCCGACGCCCUCGCUGCUGCCUGAGUUCUGGACCAGCAACCCACAGCACGGCGGCGGAGGGUACCGGGGGGGCGGCUUCGCGGGGGGCGCCGGCGCGUCGGAACGAGGCAAGUUCUCGUGCCCGCGCGCCCUCAAGGUGCCCUCCUACCUCAACUACCACUUCCUGGGGGAGAAGGACUGCGGCGCGCCCUGCGAGCCGACCAAGGUAUACGGGCUUAUGUAUUUUGGGCCGGAGGAGCUGCGCUUCUCGCGCACCUGGAUCGGCAUCUGGUCAGUGCUAUGCUGCGCCUCCACGCUCUUCACGGUGCUCACGUACCUGGUGGACAUGCGGCGCUUCAGCUACCCGGAGCGGCCCAUCAUCUUCCUGUCGGGCUGCUACACGGCAGUGGCCGUGGCCUACAUCGCCGGCUUCCUGCUGGAGGACCGGGUGGUGUGUAACGACAAAUUCGCGGAGGACGGGGCGCGCACAGUGGCGCAGGGCACCAAGAAGGAGGGCUGCACCAUCCUCUUCAUGAUGCUCUACUUCUUCAGCAUGGCCAGCUCCAUCUGGUGGGUGAUCCUUUCGCUCACCUGGUUCCUGGCGGCCGGCAUGAAGUGGGGCCACGAGGCCAUCGAGGCCAACUCGCAGUAUUUUCACCUGGCCGCCUGGGCCGUGCCGGCCAUUAAGACCAUCACCAUCCUGGCGCUGGGCCAGGUGGACGGCGAUGUGCUGAGCGGGGUGUGCUUCGUGGGGCUCAACAACGUGGACGCACUGCGCGGCUUCGUGCUGGCGCCACUCUUCGUGUACCUGUUCAUCGGCACGUCCUUCCUACUGGCCGGCUUCGUGUCCCUCUUCCGCAUUCGCACUAUCAUGAAACACGACGGCACCAAGACCGAGAAGCUGGAGAAGCUCAUGGUGCGCAUCGGCGUCUUCAGCGUGCUCUACACGGUGCCAGCCACUAUCGUCAUUGCCUGCUACUUCUACGAGCAGGCCUUCCGGGACCAGUGGGAGCGCAGCUGGGUGGCCCAGAGCUGCAAGAGCUAUGCUAUCCCCUGCCCCCACCUCCAGGCGGGCGGCGCCCCGCCGCACCCGCCCAUGAGCCCUGACUUCACAGUCUUCAUGAUCAAGUAUCUUAUGACGCUGAUCGUGGGCAUCACGUCAGGCUUCUGGAUCUGGUCCGGCAAGACCCUCAACUCCUGGAGGAAGUUCUACACUAGGCUCACCAAUAGCAAACAGGGGGAGACCACCGUCUGAGACUGGGGACUCAGCCCAUUCCCAGCCCUCAGCCUGGUCCCAGCCACCCCAAAAUGCUGGCCCUAUGGAAUCCUUGCCAAGUCUGGCUACUCGAGGCUUUCUCAGUAGCCAUUCACUUUCGCGGGCUCCUUUUAACAACAAGGCUCCUGCAAAAGCUCUGUCCCUGGGGGCAAAGGGACUCGAGGGCCCAACUGCCAGAGCAGGAUGGACAGACCUCUCUUGCUCUGGUACCGGGACUGUACGCUUUUAUGAUUGUAAAUAGCCUGUGUAAGAUUUUUGUAAGUAUAUUUGUAUUUAAAUGACGACCGUUCACGGGUUUUUCUUUUACUUUCCUUUUUUGUUUUUGGUUUAAAUUGUAAUUAUUUAGGGCGGUUUAACCAUUUGAGACUUUUUCUUCUUGCCCUUUGCAGAGUACCGCAGAGAGAAAACCAGAGCUCACUGCUCGUUGCUUCUGUUGGUGCUGGCGCGCCCCUCCCUGACGCGGGGUGGGGAGUGCUUGGGUUUGCACCGCCCGGAUCACUUUCCUGCUCCUCUGUCUGCUCCCUCCCUCCCCAUGCUUGCUGGGGUCUGGGCUCUUAAGGUACAGAACUCCACAAAGCUUGCAAGUCCGAGAGUGGAACCCCGCCCAUCCCAAGUCAGCCCUUGUCCGGGGCCAGAUUGCAAAGGCCUGUCCCUUAGACUAUCCGAAGCUGAAAUUUUCACUGUCCAGAACCUUACCCCUAGCUUCGAGGAGGCCCACGGAUGUGGGCACUGGCAGCUGCAGCCUCCCUCGCUCUGGCCUCAAACGCCCAGACACUCCCUUCUUCCACCUAAGUUGGUUAGAGCGUGAGUGGGAUAACCAAUGCCAAACUUUUCUUAAGUCUAAUUUUUGGUGGAUGAGCUCAUUUCAUUCUCCAGCGUCUAAAACCUGGUAUGGGUUCGCCCAGCGUCAUGGAAAGAUGUGGUAACUGAGAUUUGGGAAGAGGCAUGAAUCUUUGUGUGGGUUGGGAGAGACUGAAGAUGGGAGUUAUAAAAUGUUAAUUCUAAUUGCAUACGGAUGCCUGGCAACGUGCCUCUAGGAUUGAGACAGCCUGCAUAAAGAUUUACCGUUCUGUAAAAUGGAAAUGUUAGGUCACCUGGAAAGCUUUGUUAAGGAGCUGAUCUUUGCUUUCCUUAACAGGACAGCAAAACGGUAAACUGAAUAUGAAAACUUGAAGGAGAUUUCAGUGUAAUGGACGUCCUCAAAAUGAAGUGCUACUUUCUUAUUUUCAAUCAAAUAAUAAUUAGACAUAUAUCAGAAACUUUAAAAUGUAAAACUUGUACACUUUCAACAUAUUACUACGAUUAUUAUUCAACAACACAUUCUGAGGGAGAAACAAUCCACAUCACUAAUAAUAACCUGGUAAGAUUCCAGGAGGUAAAGGAGGUGGAAUAAUUGAUGGGAUUAGCUCCUGAAAUAAACAAAAUAUGGGCAUGCAUGCUAAAGGGAGAAUGUGUGCAGGUCUACUGCACUAAAUCCUGUGUGCUCCUUUUUGGAUUUACAGAAAUGUGUCAAAUGUAAAUCUUUCAAAGCCAUUUAAAAAUAUUCACUUUAGUUCUCUGUGAAAAAGACGAGAAAAGCAAUCCUCCUGAUGUAUUGUUUUAAACUUUAAGAGUUUAUCAAAAUGCCGGUACUUAGGACCUAAAUCUAUCUAUGUCUGUCAUACCCUAAAAUGACAAUGGUCUUUGAAUUUGGUAUGCAUUUAUUCUGUUCAUUAUCACAAAAUCAUCUAUAUUUAUAGAGGAAUAGAAGUUUAUAUAUAUAAUACCAUAUUUUUAAUUUCGCAAAUAAAAAAAUCAAAGUUUUGUACAAAA